AUUUCCAUCUUCCAAGCUGAUUUCAAUCCUAUCAAUCUAGCCUAUAAUUCUAUAACUUCUGAUCAUCUCCAUCAAACGACAAUCAGACCUGACGGUUUUUACUUUUCUGGAAUUGAGCCCUAUAUUAACUGGGUGUUGCCAAUGAAGCUCUUCACAAGUGUGGCAUCUUUACCACCCACAUCUGAAGAAACCACCCACAGUAUUUGUUUGUGCUACCGUGGUUUUAAAUGACAGUGUAGUAAAACAUGACAUGAGAUACUUCUAGCAACAAACUAAGCUGGUGUCAACUAAGAAGAGAAAGAAAAUGUAUAGGAUUAUUGUAUUAGCAUACCUAAUACGAGGAUUGACAGGCUAUGAAGAACUUAUCGGACAAAAACGUGUGAAUCCUGAAGUUUAUAUGAAUGUUAGUCAGAUGAUUUCUCAUCAAGGUUACCCAAGUGAAGAAUAUAAAGUCUUGACAGAGGAUGGCUAUUAUCUGACAAUAAACAGAAUUCCCUGGGGAAGAAAAGACAUUGCAGACAUAGAUGGAAAGCCUGUUGUCUUUUUGCAACAUGGCAUUUUUGGAGAAGCCAGUCACUGGGUGGAGAACAUGGCCAACAACAGUCUUGGUUUUAUACUUGCGGAUGAAAACUGUGAUGUUUGGCUGGGAAACAGCAGAGGAACAAGCUGGUCUCAAAGGCACCGGAGUUUCUCAGUGGAUCAAGAGGAUUUUUGGAAUUUCAGUUUCCAUGAAAUGGCCAUGUAUGAUCUUCCAGCAACAAUAAACUUUAUUUUGAAGAAAACUAAAAAGAAACAAUUGUAUUAUGUUGGCCAUUCUCAAGGUGCUACUAUUGGUUUCAUAGCAUUUUCAGCCAUGCCAGAACUAUCUCAUAAAAUCAAAAUGUUCCUUGCCUUAGCUCCUGUGAUCUACGUUACACAUGUCCCAGAUCUUCUAUUGAGAUUGUUGGCCUCUUUUCCUCAACAUCUAUUCAAGCAAAUAUUAGGCAACAAAGAUUUUAUGUUUACUCAUAAGCCUAUGAAAUAUUUCAUGAAGAACUUAUGCACAAUUGAAUUUAUGCAUCAAUUAUGUUCACAUCUCAUUUUCUUACCUGGUACUUAUAAUGCAACAAAUCUAAACAUGAGCCGAAUUGAUGUAUAUGCAGCUCACUAUCCAGAUAGAACAUCAGUUAAAACCGUCUUACACUGGAAACAGAUAUUGGAUACAGAAAUGUUCCGCUAUUUUGAUUAUGGGAACAAAAAUCAGAUGAUAUAUAAACAGAACGUUCCUCCUUCAUAUCAAAUAAAAGACAUGGUGGUACCAACUGCAGUGUGGUCUGGAGGACAGGACCCAAUUGCAGACCCAGAAGAUAUAAAGCUCUUAAUUUCUCAUAUUGUUAACCUGGUUUAUCAUCGCUCUUGGUCAGACUGGACCCACUUGGAUUUUAUCUGGGGACUCAAUGCUCGUGAACGCUUGUUCUUCAAAAUAAUUCAGUUGAUAAAGAUGUCUAUGUAAAUCAAUAGUUUGCUGUAUAUUUACAUAUGUAUCUGCAAAUACAAAUUUGGAUUAAUAAAGAAGGUGCAUUCUCUGUUACA